UGGGACUAAGAAGCGGGUAAGAUGUCCAAGAAGGAAUGGUGAAGACCCUAACGUGGAGAGGACAGAGGCUGGAGAGUAAAUCCAAAGAAAAGGUGGAAACUCCAGGCUAUAGGAUUUGUGGGCAGAGAAGUCUCCAGGGCAUUGAUGUCCCUCAGGUCCUACAGACCCUGAGGAGGGGAGCGGCCGGGAUGUGGGGGGCCUGGAGGCAGCCUGGGGUCCGAGGGCCUAAAAGAGAUUGCGAGAGUUGGCCGGCCAGGAACGAGGGUGGGCCUGGUCUGGGUGCAGCGGUGCGCGCCCCGUCGAAGCCUGAGGGCGCAUGCGCGAAGCGGCGGGCAUUGUCACGUGCUGCCGUCCGGCCCGCGGUCUCCCGGGAGUGGCCCGAGCGGUCUGGGCGGCGGCGGGUGCGGUGGCUGGGGUACAGCGGCAGCCGAGCCGCCGAAGCCCUCGAGGAUGGAGAUUCUGGACGAGUUCGACCGCGAGUUCCCCCAGACUGUGACCUUCUGCCAGCUCAUCUCCGAGGAGGACUUCGAGAGGCAGGCGGCGGCCUGCACGGAGCGCGCGCUGCGCCGCCUCUUCCGCAGUCUCGACCGCAACCCGGCGCUGGCCGAGCGCGUGGUGCGCAAGGGCAAGCAAGCCGAGUGCGAGCGGCGCGGGCUCCUCUCCUUCCUCUGGGUGCGGCCGGCCGGGCGAGGUCGGGGGCGCGGGGUGGGGGGCGGCCGGGGGCGCCGGCGUGGGGGCUUCCCGGAGGCGGCGGCUCAGGCGUCUGGCUUCCUCCGCGCCGCCUUGCCCGCGGCCCUCGCAGGCCAAGGCGUCGCGUGCGGUCCAGGGGGAGCUGAACUGCUGUAA